AUGGACGAGUUAAUAUUUCCACAGCCAUCUCCAACGCCUAUGAUCCUCCCCCGAAGACUCUCAAUCCACGGUGGCGGUGGUGGUGGCGGCGGUGGUGGCGGCAAUAGUCUCUUCCAAAAGAACCGUCCAUGGCAAUACCCAUCCCCAGCUCAAAAAUCUCCGCUGUCCCUCCCACAAUCUGCACCCUUACUCCCCACGGUCCCCGUAUUUGGCCAACUCAGUCCCUUCUCUGCCCCGCUCUCAAGCCCGCGACGCCGCCGUGUGCGGCGACAUUCCGUCGCGACAGGGUCCCCGUCCACGAGCACGAGCGCGGGCACGGGUACAAACAUGAACAUGAAGAUGAGUACGAGUGCGAGUUCGAGUGCGAUCCCACCACGGCACGCGUUGCAUAUGCCGAUCAUGAAGAUUAGUCCCGAGAUCUGGAGGAGUGAAAGUCAUCAACGAGAGAUCCAUAGGUUACUGCAUGCGGGCCGAGAGGAGGCCGUGAUGAAACGGAGGGGGAUCCGGAGUGGGAUGGAUAUGAGUGACGAUGAAGACGCUGAGGACCAGGAAGGAGAAGGAGAAGGAGGGAUGAGGGGAGUGGAAGUCACGACGGAUCUUGGGGGUUUCCGGGCUCUGGAGGAGCGUGAGAAGGAGCGGAUACGAGAGGAGGUUCGACAGGAAUGGAUGCAGACAAUCCGUCGGUCUGAAGAAGCAGCAGUCGCGGCAGCAGCAGCAGAGGCCUCCCGACGAAAGAGCUGGCCGAUUCUGUCGAGUGAACAGCAACAAUCGCCACCACUGCAGCGCCUUCAUUUUCAGGAGCAGUACCUAGAACUGCAGCAACAGCAACAAGCGCGGCUCUUGGCGAUUCAUCAGCAACAGCAACAACAGCAACAGCAACAGCAACAGCAACAGCAACAGCAACAGCAACAGCAACAGCAACAGCAACAGCAGCAGCUUUUGGCGAGUCCUCAACAUCAAUACCAGUUCUCUCACAGCAGUGGAUCGAUAGGGCCGUUGGAGAAUCCAGGUGGAUAUCAAAAGGCUCCGGGAGAGGUUAUACGACGGGAGUCGUUUACGACGUAUCGUGGGUAG